AUAAGAGAAUGACACAUGACAUGACACAUAGAAAUCAAAACAAAAACAAAUUCAAAUAAUUCAGAUAUAAAAACUAAAUAGAAUUCUUGAACAACACUAUAAUAUAAUAAUAUACAUGGCUGAACAAAAUUCUCCCUUAGAACACCUAGAUCUAUCCUUUAGGCAUGAUAUUAUCAAGGAAGCUUUGAAAACAAAAUUUCAAAACCCGAAAAACAAAAUAACAGAUGAUACAAUUGAAUUAAUAUCAGAAAUUGCGAAAGUUUUAACUAUAGAAGCAACUGUAAGGGCGGUUAAACAAGCUAAAUUAGAAUAUAGGACCAAGGUUACCUUGGAGCAUGUUGAAGCAAUUUUACCACAAUUGAUGUUGGAUUUUCCUUAAGAAGUGUAAAUCUUCUCAUCACACUCUCUUGUUCUUUGGACGUAGUAAAAGUGUAAAUAAAAUAUGAUAUUGUAAUAAAUUUUUCCAAUUUUUUGUUAAUAUAUGGUAGAAACAAUUCAGUAAA